AACCGCCGGUAGCCGUCGCCAACCUCGCCGGACCGAAGGCUGCUGCAAGCGCGGAGACGUCGGGAGGAGUUGCUGCGGAGAGAGAGGAGGAGCUGGACACGCUGCUGGACCGCCUCAACACGCCGCCGCCUCGCCACGACCCCGCCGUCGCCCAGAUCCCGCCAGCGGCCGCCGCCGAACCGCCGGUAGCCACCGCCAACCUCGCCGGACCGAAGGCUGCUGCAAGCGCGGAGACGUCGGGAGGAGUUGCUGCGGAGAGAGAGGAGGAGCUGGACACGCUGCUGGACCGCCUCAACACGCCGCCGCCUCGCCACGACCCCGCCGUCGCCCAGAUCCCGCCAGCGGCCGCCACCGAACCGCCGGUAGCCGCCGCCAACCUCACCGGACUGAAGGCUGCUGCAAGCGCGGAGACGUCGGGAGGAGUUGCUGCGGAGAGAGAGGAGGAGCUGGACACGCUGCUGGACCGCCUCAACACGCCGCCGCCUCGCCACGAUCCCGCUGUCGCCCAGAUCCCGCCAGCGGCGGCCGCCGACUCUAGCUAA